AGAGGUUUAUUAAUUUGUUUUUUUCAACAAAAAAUUGGGGAUGGAUGAAAUGGGUGAAGGUGGUCAGAAGGUAUAAACUUCCAGUUACAGGGUAAGUAAGAUCCAGAGAUAUAAUGUAUAGCAUGGUGACUACAGUAACAAUACUGUAGUGUAUGUCUGAAGGCUGCUAAGAGAAAUCUUAAGUUAGUGAUCUUAAAAGUUCUUAUCACAAGGGAAAAAAAAGUGUAACUAUGUGAUGAUGGAUGUUAACUAAACUUACUAUAGUGGUCACUUUGCAGUAUAUACAUAUACCAAAUCAUUAUGUUGUAUACCAAAAACUAAUACAGUGUUUUUGUCAUGUCUCAGUAAAAAAAAAACCUGCCAUUGGUUUCACUGAUUUCAUCUAUUGAUUUUCUGUUCCCAUUUUUAUUGAUAUCUAGUCUUUAUUAUUUCCUUCCUUCCUUUUUUUUGCUCUGGUUAAAUUUGCUCCUUUUUCUAAUUUCUUAAAGAAAAGCUUAGCUCACUGACUGAAGACCUCUUUCUUUUUUUAAUUAUACAAAUUAUAAGAAAUUAUACAAAUUUAAUUAUACAUUUAAUUAUACAAAUUUUCCUCUAAGCUCUGGUUUAAUUGGAUCCUACAAAUUUUGAUAUGCUGUAUUUUUAUUUUUACUCAGUUUCAGGUAUUUUCUAAUUUAUGCUAUAUAUCACUUCAUUUAUAUUCAAACUGAUCUGAUAAGCCUUGAACUGUAGGAAAGAGUCUAGGCCCAAACAUUCACCUUCUGCUGUUCUUUCAAAUGACUUGGGAGAAACUGAGUUUCUAAAAAUAUAUGCAAGGGGAGACAACUACCUUAAUACCAUCCAACUAUUUUUUUUCACACCUCCCCACUAUCAACCUUUAUCUUAACAUAAAUGUAUCAUCCAAUGAUAGCAGUAGGAUGAUCUGAAUUAGAACAAUGAACAUAAAUGUUUCCUCUGGCUAGAAUCAUGCUGAUGUUUCAAAGCCUACAUGAGAAGUUUUUAUAUCUUAAAGCAGAAAAGAAUAUACUGGGAAAAAAGUUUCUUAUUAGAGGACUUCUCAGGAGAAGAUGUAUAAAACCAUAACAUGCGUAAGAGCUACUCCUUAUAAGUAGAAUAAAAUAUUUCUGAGAAACACCAAACUUUCAAAUUUUACUUCCUGAUUCAUGGUUUACAAUUAUAUGGAUGAAACACAUCUGAAUAUAAAAAUAAUAAUUUAACUCCUUUCUGAAGAACCGGCAAGAUGGCGGAAGCGGAACAGAAGAAGCAGCGGACCUUCCGUAAGGUCACCUACCGCAGCAUAGACCUCGACCAGCUGCUGGACAUGUCCUAUGAGCAACUGAAGCAGCUAUACAGUGCGCGCCGGCGACAGUGGCCGAACCGCGGCCUGCGGAGGAAGCAGCACUCGCUGCUGAAGCGGCUGCGCAAGGCCGAGAAAGAUGCACCGCCCAUGGAGAAGCCCGAGGUGGUGAACAUGCCCCUGUGCGACAUGAUCAUUCUGCCCGAAAUGGUGGGCAGCAUGGUGGGCCUCUACAACGGCAAGACCUUCAACCAGGUGGAAAUCAAGCCUGAGAUGAUCGGCCACUACCUAGGCGAGUUCUCCAUCAACUACAAGCCAGUGAAACACCGCCGGCCCAGUAUAGGGGCUACCCAUUCCUCACGCUUCAUCCCCCUCAAGUAACCUGCUGACCAAUAAAAGCAGAGAUUUCUCUAAAUAAUAAUAAUUUAACAAAACAAAGUUUCUAUAAUUGAUGUUCUUAUUAUUUGGUUAUUAUGUUAAGCAAAAACUAUGAGGAAAAAAACACUGAAAAAAGGAAGGGCAAUUUAAGAAAGAAAUUUUCUUGCAUGUAUUUACAUUUCACAAAUCUACAGAUUUUAGUAUCUAGGAGUAUGAGAUCUGAAAUAGCUAAUAUAUAAUUUUCUUGAGUAAAAAAUAUUUUAGAUACAUGUCCAAUAAUAAAUGUAUAUGAAAACAUUAACUUUAACAUGCAAAAAUUCAACAAGGUAAAACAGAAGGUAAAUCCCUGGGAUUAUGGGAGAACAGCCUAAAAGUGAGAGAGAUGAAAAAUCAAACCAAAAUAACAAACUCAAACUCUUAUUCCUGUAAUAAUAUUCUUUGUUGAUUAAUGCUCUUUUACUUUACUUUUCCUACAAUUAAUAAACAUUUCUACAUAUGCACUGAAUUUAAUCCGAGAUAUUGGGCCUCAUAGCCUUACUAACACUCAGGAUGGUACUUGGUAGGAGCAACCAUGUUCCUGAUAUUCAUUUAUUAGUAAAAACUGUUUUAUUAGACUCAACCCCAAAGACAAAAAUAAACAAUAGGUGAACAAAAGCUAUAAAAGACCAGACAAAAUACCUAAGCCAAGACCACUAUUAUGAAUGAUGAUGAUGAUUCCAGGCUUGCAGAAUGAUC